AUGGAACCGCCAACGACAAACUCAAAAUCUGCACUCUUUCAAGUGUAUUUACGAUUACGACCUCCUCAAAUAUCAAAUCAACAAUUAUAUCCUUCACCUUACCCCACCUUACCAACACCAGACCGCUUUCUAACUGUUGAAGAACCCACUACUGAAGAACAACUUGAAGAUGGAAUCCCAGCGUCGACUUCAUUUCCGACCCACAUCACGUUAAAUCCGCCAAAUGAUAAUAGACGCAGGGCAGUGGAGAAAUUCGCUUUCACGCGAGUGUUUGAAGAAGAGAGUUCACAAUUGGAUUUAUUUCAUGGAACGGGUGUGCUACCUUUGGUUGAAGGUGUUUUGGGCCCAAAUGGUGGAGAUGGCAGAGAUGGAUUGCUUGCUACAUUGGGAGUCACUGGCUCUGGAAAGGUUGAUAUUGCGAGUCAUACAAUUCUUGGAUCUCGAAAUCAACGCGGUCUGACACAACUCGCCCUCGAUUUACUCUUUCGUUCCAUUGACAACAACAUUCUCGAUGUUAAUUCGCACCCUGGACUACAUGCUUCCAUUACAUCAUCAGAUCCAUCAGAGGCCCAAAUCAUGUCUGCGCAGGCGUUCCUAGAUACAUACUACUUCGACCCAGCAUCAUCUCGAGGAAGCUCAAGAGCUCCAACACCCCAGGUGGUACGAGUGCCCAUUGUUCCCUACCACCCCAGUGCAACCAAGUUGUAUCCGUAUUUGCCCCCUUUUCAGGCACCAGGAAGUCCUAGAAGCAUCAGGAUCGUAGUCCACCAGGAUAAUGAUAGUAAAGCACCAGGAUGUGCGCCAGUGCCAAUUCCAGGAGAAUCGACAGUAUCGAUGACUUCCUUCAUUCCUUCAUUUAUGCAAGCUACUGCAACAGCAGCCAGGAAGAUGAUUAGUGCUAAAACUCUUCAAAAGGGCGAUUCUUACCAACCUACUCCGAGACGAACGAUACCGACGAGACCUUCGGCUUUGCCAAGUAGUCCGGAUAUUACGGGUAUCACUGUCGAUGUGGAUCAUCAUGCGGAGUAUGCGAUUUUGAUUUCGAUGUACGAGGUUUAUAAUGAUAGGAUAUUCGAUCUUUUGACGCCGGCGGCACUUAAUAAAUCUACGAAGGAAUCUAGGAGAAGGCCAUUGCUAUUCAAACCUACAGAACAAACACCGGACCGGAAGGUAGUCGCUGGAUUGAGGAAGAUUAUUUGUGGAAGCAUGAAAGAUGCGCUUAUGGUCUUGGAAGCUGGUCUCAGUGAAAGAAGAGUCGCGGGAACCAAUACUAAUAGUACAUCGUCUAGGUCUCAUGGAUUCUUCUGCGUGGAGGUGAAAAAGAGGAGAAGAUCAAGAACACCAGGCCCUUGGGGAGGAAGUUCACUUACCAUUGUGGAUCUGGCUGGAAGUGAAAGAGCCAGAGACGCUAAGACUGCUGGUGCUACAUUAGCCGAGGCCGGAAAGAUUAAUGAGAGUCUAAUGUAUCUAGGACAGUGUUUACAGAUGCAGUCAGAUUUGGAGAAUAACACAAAGCCAAAUCUUGUCCCAUUCCGCCAAUGUAAACUCACCGAACUUCUCUUCUCAAACUCCUUCACGUCGAGUAGCUCGAAAUCUUCUUCGACCGCUCAUCAUCAUCGACAUCCACAAAAAGCGAUCAUGAUCGUUGCGGCCGAUCCGCUGGGAGACUUUAAUGCUACCUCACAAAUCCUGCGCUACUCAGCUUUGGCAAAAGAAAUUACGGUUCCAAGGGUGCCAUCCAUCACGGCUACCAUCCUCGGUUCAUCUCGAUCAUCUGAUAGGCAUACAAGUUUAACUAGUCCUACAUCUCCUACUUUCACUCGCUACCGUGAUGGUCUAUCUCAAACUCCUACCGAAACCGAGCGCGAGACGAUGGAAAUUGCAGCAUUAGAGAUUGCACGCAUGUUCGAGGAAAUCGAUGGCUUACGCGGUGAAUUGGAGCGCGAAACUAAAUUGAGGCUGGAAAGUGAAGCACAUCUUCAAAGCAUGGAAGACAAAAUGUUGGAACUAGAAAUGGAAAUUCGAGAGGAGUGUUAUGACGAAAUGGAGAAGAGAAUUCAAGAAGAGGGUAGAAGGUGGAUGCUGAGACUAGAAGAACAUGGGGAGAGGGAAGAGGAAUGGAGGGAUAGAAAGGUGGAGGUAUUGGUCCGAGGAUUGGGAGCUGGUAUUGGUGGGGAUGAGAACAAAGAAAAUCAAAACGAGGAUGCGGCAAUAGAACUUGAAAUCGAGAAUGCAAAGUUGUUGAGAGAGGUUGAGAGAUUAAAACGGGAAUUGAUUGGCAGGAGUCCGACUAAAUCUCGAAAGCCUUCGAGUAGAAUCUUGAAGGAGAGCCGAACACACGCUAUGGAUAAAUCAGCUUCGCCAAUUCCAGAUGAUAUUGAAAAUGAAGGUCUAGACCUAGAAGAUAAUAUGGCGAAGUUGAAGGUUGAUGACAAUGCUGAAGUUGGCGGUGCUAGAAGUGCGAGUGGAAAAUUGAGGAUCAAACAGAGUACUGCGAAUACUGGAAGUCCCACUAAAAGGGUUAGGAAAUUGACAGCAAAGAAGUGGAACAUGGCUGCUGCUGAUGAUGAUGAUUUGUAA